AUGAUAUCUUCAUUUUCUGAAUCUAUUAUUUCAAGUUUUUUAGGCAGCGAACGUCUCAAUACCUCAAAUUAUUUUUCGAGUUCUCAAGAUAUAAUUAAUGGCAGUCAAUUCCCUGUUUUUUCACAAUCAUUUGAUAGAUAUAUAUAUGAUAGACAUAUUCAGUUUAGGUCAGAAUUAUUUGUAAAGAAUUCAGUGACUGAAUAUUUUGCUAAUAUAUAUAAAGCAUUUUAUUGUCCAAGUUUCAAAUUAUCUGAAGAAAAUGAACAGCAAGCAGUCACAAGCAAUAAUAAUAUAGUUGCACGAAAUAAUAUUAUGCGUGAAUUGUUCAAAAAUAAAGUAGAUAAUCUUAAUAUAAAUGAUAAUACUUCUGACUGUGAAGAUAUGAGUACAGCUUCUGAUAUCAUGGGUCAAAUAUUUUCAGAUUCAGAGUAUUCAUUGGUAUCAUCUCACUCAUCCCCAUCUUCUCCGUUAGAAACAUUAUUUAUCAGAAAUAACACUAAUUUUGUGUCAAAUAUUAAGAAGAAAUGGUUAAGAAAUACCUUAUAUAAUUAUGGGAAAAAGAAUAAGUAUGGUUGUAAAUUUUGUGGGAAGCUCUUUUCAAGGCCAUCGGCCCUAAGUACUCAUGUAAAUACACACACAGGAGAUAAACCAUUUAUUUGUCCAUACCAAGAUUGUAACAAGGAAUUCAAUGCGAGGUCUAACAUGACAAGACAUUACAAAUUACAUUUUAGGGUUUCCUCUGGUGGGUAUCUCCUGCCUUCAGGAAAAAUAGUACAUAAGAGACCAUCUUUAAAACAACUGACUACCGAUGAUAUGAAGACUAUAUAA